CCCAUCAGUUUCACUUUAGGUAUUUUUAAAAUUACAGAAAAUAGCCAGAUAAAACUACUUUAAAAGAAAUCAAAAUAUUACUUUCGAAAUCUUUUUAUGGUGGUUUCAAAAAGUAAUAAAAUAGAGUAACUUUUCUUUUCAGCUUUUCUUUUAAGUUUGUAAAAUAUUUUUUUUAAAGAAUAGUCCAUUGCUGUUCUUCUCUCAGCAAUAAUUUAAUAAAAUGAAAAGCCAAGCUAGAACUUACUCCACCAGAAAACCAUUUAAUAAAAUAUCAUUGAAUGAGAGCUGUGAAGCAACAAAUAAAAUUUUUAACCCUAUUUCUACAAAAGAGAAUGUUUUUGAAGACUCUGUUCUAAAACAUCUUGAGGUCAAAAAAGCAAAAAAAAAAAAUCAUAAGAAGAAAUCAGAGCUUAAAAAUGUUAUCAAGAGUACAGUUGAGUUACCAAUUGCUGAUGAAUUAUUUCAACUUGAUGAAACGUUCAGUAGGAAAAAAAUGUCAAAGAACAAAUGUAGAAAAUCUAGAUCAGCAAAAAUAGUUAAAAAGUUAAAAACUGCAUCGCAUAAAGAUGAAGACAGUGAGAAUAGCUCAUGUUUACUGGAUUUAGAGAAUCAAAAUGAUAUAGAGCUGCUAAUUGAAGGCUGUAAUGAUGAUAUUCAAGCUUUAAAACAGCUUGUUGUCAAAAAGGAGGAAACUAGCAAGUUACAGUUUUACAAGGAAAAUAAUAAUCAAAAUACUGUAGGCCCAAAUCAACCAGUAGACCUCCAGCAAAAUGACCUCAGUGUGGAAAUAGCAAGGAAAAGUGUUGAACCAUGUAUGAAGUCCAACAACUUAUUUCAAUGGAGUCCUCCGGUCCGUAUAGAAUACAGUGAUGAUGAAUCGUUGGAUGGUACACCAGCUGGCAGUAAAAUUCAUCUAACUGAUGAAGUAAACAAAGAUAAUGCAUCAGAAACUGGAUGGGUGACUGUUUCAUCCAGACAGAGGAAAACUGAAACAUUUUCUACAGCAGCAGAGAGCAAAAAGGAAACAGCAUCUUCAGUAUAUGUGUAUGAUUUAGUAUCAACCUACACUUAUGGUUCAGGAGAUUCCAGCUCAACCUCCUCAAAGCCUGCUCUCAUGUCCCCACAUGUGAAAAUGAAAAAGUUGAAACCAAGGUUAAACUCAACAACAUAUAGGAAUAAAAAUGACAUUGGGAUGGUUGAGUUUCCACCAUCAUUGUCACCUAUUAACACAGAAAAAACCCCAACAGUCAGGAAACUCCAAUGUGCCAGAAGCAUCAGAAAACUAUCAGAAUCUUGUCCCACUAGAAGAAGUAAAACACCCAAGUGCUCUACUAUGUUGUGGAUGUCAGAUUCUAAUACUCAGACCAUGGAACAGCUUGGGUUUUCUACAAUUCCCCAAAGUUGUUACCAAAGUAAAACAAGCUUGAACCUGACAACAAAGAAAGAAAUUCAACCUUUGGCUGCUGAGUGUACACAACCUGUGAUUAAGAUGAAAAUGGAGAAUCAACAAGCUAAUGUUAUGAAAACAAGCACCCCAGAGAGUAAUCGUAUACCUGUGUCUUUUGACAUCUCACCCAUAGAGAUACCAACUUUGAAUGAUUCUGAGUUUGGUUUUCCUUGCCAAACAAGUACAGAAGCUGUUACAGAUGAAAUCAUAGUGCCUAGCCUGUUAGAACCAUCUGUUUUGAGCAUCGAUUCUCAGCACAACAAGCUUUGCAAUGACAUCAAUGAUCUUCCUAAAGUUCUGGCAUUGGCCAGCUCAAGUGUACUGGAACAAACAGGGAGAGAAACUGUAGUCUUGAGUAGCUCCACUCCACAGAGAAAUGUAAAGAAAACAAAACUAAGCAGGUCCAGUGUAGAACAAAAAGAGAGAGAAACUGUAGACUUGAAGGACUCUCUGACAACACAGUCUGUUGGUCCAAGCUGUGACAAACUUGUCAAGUGUAGUGUUCCAGAAAAGGACAUUCAUUUGUAUGAGAGAUUUUCCCAAGAGAAAGUUGAAGACUCGCCAUCAGGAUGUUCACAUUUCUUGAGGAAAUGGGGGCAGAAAGGAGCUCCCAACAUUUGUUGUAUUAAUUUACUUUGUAUGCGAAGUCGUGCUAAGAUGUGUUCUAAAAAAUCUAAGUUUUAAAUUAUGUUGCAAAAUUUUGUUUACUUUACUUCUCUACAUGAAUGUAUUUUACCUUUCAUUUAUUAAAAUCUUAAAAUAGUUGUACAUUAACAUUUUUUUAACAAGUAAAAUUUUGCUGAAGUAUUCGUGAAAUUAUUUAUAAAAUACAAUGAAUUUGUAUUUAAGUAUUUGUUAAAUCAUAUUGACAUUGAUGAUAUUGUUCAUUUUAACAAAAGCUGUUACAUUUUACCCCAUCUUUUGUUUAAUAUGUUUACUCAAUUAAAUUGUACUAAGAAUAUUGGCUGUAUAUUAAUUUCUAAAUAAAAUAUUUUUUUCUUUUUUUUUUCAAAUUUCAUAAUAACAAAACAAUUGUAAGUUAGAAGUAAUUGCUAAUAUGUUUUAGAUAUUUUUUCGAGUGAAGAUUUGACCCUUAGUUUACAUCAUGUUCUUCCACGCUUAUAAAAGCACAACUGUACAUAGCUUUUUUUAAAAUACAUUUACUUUAAAAGUAAUGUGAUCUCCUUAACUCAUAUCCUCAUUUGAGAUUGUAAUAUUUAAAAUACUACAUUAAAAGGUUAAUGUUUAACCUAAUAUUUUUGCAAUUAAAUAAUGUAUUCAAGACUAUAAUGUGUAACAAAUGUAAAUGCAAAAACAUGUGAUAAUUUAUUUAUGCCAUUAAUUCAAUAUUGCAAUGAGUUUUCAGUAAUAAAUCUAAAAUAUACUUAUGAUACCAUAGGCCUACUGUGUUGUUAUGCCAAUAUAAAAAUGUAAUGAUUGCAAUACUUAUUCAGUUGACUCUUUGUAUAGUUAAAAUACUUAAUAAAUAUGAUUUUACUAAUGUUAGAGUUUAUUCAUUAAAUCUUCAUUAACAAUAAAAUGUCAUUUGAACAUGUGAAAUCAAACUUUUUUAUGAAAAUUUUUUUAAAGUAAUGUUUCAUUGCGUACAUUUUUUGAAAGAUAACGCUGUUCAUCAUAGUUAAAUGCAACUAGUGUGCCAUUUUUUUACCAUAAUUAUUUAUUACUCAUAUCAACCAUUUGAUGAUUUCAAACAUGUCACAGCUGGUAUUUAUUAAUGUGAUGGAUAUGGUUUUUACUUAAAUGUUACUAUUUCAACAAUCCCUCAGACAGUCAUAUUUAUUAAUAAACUUAAA